AUGGCGGGGGAUGAGGCGGAGUUGUUUGUUAAUGGGAAAUCGCAGGGUAGGCAGAAGGGGGAGGCGUAUACGUACCGGUUCCGGUGGAAUGAUGUAGUCUAUGAGCCUGGGGAGGUGUACGUGGUGACCUACAAGAACGGGAAGGAGUGGGCUCGGGACGCGGUGCGGACGGCGGCGGCGGCGGCGCAGUUGAAGAUGACUGCUGACCGAACGGCUAUUAAAAACGACGGCCUUGAUCUGUCGUUUAUCACUGUUGAGGUCGUUGAUCGUAAGGGCGACUUCGUGGCGCAGGCGGAUACGAGUAUUACGUUCUCCAUCAGCGGUCCUGGUGAAAUAGUCGCUACUGAUAAUGGGGAUCCUGCUGAGAUGGUUUCUUUCGCGUCGAAGGAGCGGAAGGCAUAUAGUGGCUCUCGCUGGCUAUUGUGCGCUUUAAGGGGGGGUAGAAGGCUUUGGGACUAG